GUGACGUCAGCCGGCGGCGCGGCGGAGCCCGCCCCUUCCCAAGAUGGCGUCGCUGCUGCAAUCGGAGCGGGUGCUGUACCUGGUGCGCGGCGAGAAGGAGCUGCGGGCGCCGCUGCCGCAGCUGUACUUCUGCCGCUACUGCAGCGAGCUCCGCUCGCUCGAGUGCGUCUCGCACGAGGUUGACUCUCACUACUGCCCCAGCUGCCUGGAAAACAUGCCCUCAGCUGAAGCCAAGCUGAAAAAGAACAGGUGUGCCAACUGCUUUGACUGCCCGUGCUGCAUGCACACCCUCUCCACACGGGCCACGAGCAUCCCUGCGCCGCUGCCCGACGACCCGGCCAAGACCACCAUGAAGAAAGCCUAUUACCUGGCCUGUGGCUUCUGCCGCUGGACCUCCCGGGAUGUGGGCAUGGCAGACAAGUCUGUUGCGAGUGGGGGCUGGCAGGAGCCGGAGAAUCCUCACACACAGAGGAUUAACAAGCUGGUUGAGUACUACCAGCAGCUGGCUCAGAAGGAGAAGAUCGAGCGGGACAGGAAGAAGCUGGUGCGACGCCGCAACUACGUCCCACUGGCCUUCUCGCAACACACUAUACAUGUAGUGGACAAAUACAGCCUUGGGACGAGGCUGCAGCGCCAGAGGCCCGGAGCUCCCAUCAGUGCCCUCGCUGGGCUCUCCCUGAAAGAAGGAGAAGACCACAAGGAGAUCAAGAUUGAGCCAGCUGAUGCAGUGGAAGAGGUGGAGCCUCUUCCUGAAGAUUACUACACAAGACCAAUCAAUCUGACAGAAGUGACGACUCUGCGGCAGCGCCUGCUGCAGCCUGACUUCCAGCCCAUCUGCGCUUCCCAGCUCUACCCCCGUCACAAGCACCUGCUGAUCAAACGCUCGCUGCGCUGCCGGAAAUGUGAGCAUAACCUGAGCAAACCAGAAUUCAAUCCAACCUCUAUCAAAUUCAAGAUCCAGCUGGUUGCUGUUAACUACAUCCCUGAAGUGAGAAUCAUGUCUAUUCCCAACCUGCGCUACAUGAAGGAGAGCCAAGUCCUUCUGACUCUGACUAACCCCGUGGAGAACGUCACACAUGUCACAUUGCUGGAGUGUGAGGAGGGAGACCCUGAUAACAUCAACAGCACUGCCAAGGUGGCAGUUCCUCCUAAGGAGCUUAUUCUGGCUGGCAAAGAUGCUGCAGCAGAAUAUGAUGAGUUGGCAGAGCCUCAAGACUUCCAGGAUGAUCCUGACAUUAUUGCCUUUAGAAAAGCCAAUAAGGUGGGAGUUUUCAUCAAGGUCACCCCGCAGAAAGAAGAGGGCGAGGUAACCGUGAGUUUCAAGAUGAAGCACGAGUUCAAAAACCUCACUGCUCCCAUCAGGCCCAACGAGGAUGGUGACCACCCCUCUGAGGUGAUCUGGCUCACCCACCACGUGGAGCUCAGCCUUGGCCCCGUGCUCCCCUAGCGGCUCCCAGCGCUGCUCCCGACGGCUGGAUGGACUGGCACCCUGAGAAAGCACCUGAAAGGUUCUGCAGAGCUCCCCUGUGAUGUGUGGGUGUGCCACGGGCCCGGCCAGCUGCCAGGAGGGGGCUGAGCUGCCGUGGUUUGGGCUGGUUUGUUCUCUCUCCCCUUGUGUAGUGCCCACUAACCACCACUCCACUUCCCCUCACUGCCCCAGGCUAGAGUAACUUGCAGCACGUCUUAGAGCACAGAAGAAGAUCUCCCUCCAGGUUUGCACUGAACUGGGCUUUAUCAACAGAGGAUUAGGGCUGAAUUUGGAUUUAUCAGCAGAAAAGUAGCCAUACUGUUUUUUUCUCAGCCCACAAACCUGAUGUUACAUACCCAAUAAUGAACAACUUCUCUUUCACACAGAGCAAUGCCCUUCCCAAGCAAACAUUUUAAGGAGUGUCCCUGCCUUCUGCAUCCUGGCAAGUUACUGCCAGCAGCAUGAUCUUUUAGUUUGGUUUUCUGCUCCUUCACAGGGUACCUCAACUGUUUGGGCUGGGCUGUAGAGCCCUACCCCUCUGGCAUAUGUAGCUUGCUUAGCCGAGGUGGCAGAUGUUUUUUCACAAAGGAGUUGAUCAGUUUGCCUUUAAACUUUAAACAUAGUGUACUGUAGUGUUCAUGGAUCUGACUGGCAACCAAGCCUGCUGCCUCUCAGCUGGGUGUGGCAGCAGGAUGUGCUGCAAGCUGGGAAUUCAGGUGCUGCUGCAGCUCAGAAAGCUCUGGAGAGGCAGGGAUGCUCCAGAGAGGCUCCCUGGCAGACCUCAGCUCAGUAAAUGUUGUGUUGCUAGGGGUUGUAGCAAUGAGGGUAUGAAACCUGGAGAGUUAAGAUUAGUUCUGGUAAUUAUAAAGCUACAGUGGUGAUUUGGGUUUGUAAUCUUUGUUUUUCCAGUUAGGGCGGGUGGGAG